AUGGCUCCCACGUACACUGCCCGCAGGAUUGGCGCCGCCAACACCCUCGAGCACCGCAUCUUCAUCGAGAAGGAUGGCGUGCCCGUCUCGCCCUUCCACGACAUUCCUCUGUAUGCCAACGAGCAGCAGACGGUCCUGAACAUGGUCGUCGAGGUGCCGCGCUGGACCAAUGCAAAGAUGGAGAUCUCCAAGGAGGAGACGCUCAACCCCAUCAAGCAGGACAUCAAGAAGGGGAAGCUCCGCUACGUCCGCAACUGCUUCCCGCACAAGGGCUACCUCUGGAACUACGGUGCCUUCCCCCAGACAUGGGAGGACCCCAAUGCCAUCCACCCGGAGACCAAGGCCAAGGGUGACAACGACCCGCUGGACGUGUGCGAAAUUGGUGAGCUUGUCAACAAGCCCGGAGAGGUCAUCCAGGUCAAGGUCCUCGGUGUCAUGGCUCUGCUCGACGAGGAGGAGACCGACUGGAAGAUCAUCGUCAUCAACGUCAACGACCCGCUUGCCCCUAAGCUCAACGACGUCGAGGAUGUCGAGCGCCACCUUCCUGGCCUCCUGAGGGCUACGAACGAGUGGUUCCGCAUCUACAAGAUCCCCGAUGGCAAGCCCGAAAACCAGUUCGCCUUCUCCGGCGAGUGCAAGAACAAGAAGUACGCCAUGGACAUUGUCCGUGAGUGCGCUGAGGCUUGGGAACGUCUCAUCACCGGCAAGACUGCCCCGGGUGACGUUUCUCUCACCAAUACCACCGUCCAGCACUCGCAAGCCCGUACCGACCCCAGCUCGAUCAACAUCCCGCAGGGUGAGAACCAGAGCCCCGCUCCGAUCGACCCCAGCAUCGACAAGUGGUUUUUCAUCAGCGGUGCGCCUUCUGCGUAG